AAAGAGUGAAAAGGGAGAAAAUCCUGUAUGUCCCAAGGAAGUUUCGUGGAGUUUCCAGGAGAAACCCCACUUUCUAAUAUCUUAUACUCCUAAAAUUAAACUCAAUAUAUCACCUUAAUUAAGAUGUUUUAUUUGUUAGGUUUAAUAUUACAUUCUCUCUCUAUAAAUCCAUGCAUGCAAAGGUUUCCAUGGCGACCAAGAGUAUCCCACUUCCUCACUUUCUAGUCUUUACGCUUCUUUCUUUUGCAUUUAUUUUAUCCAUUUGAGACGAAAGGUAGUGUGGAGUAGUCCUCGUCUUCAACCCAAGACUUGACCCAUCUUAUAUAUAUAUAGUUCUUUAUUUGUUUGGAUCAAAAUCCAAUAUACUAAUCCUUCAAAUCAUAUUACAAAAGAUGGGAGUAGAAGGCACCUUGGAAUACAUCUCUGAUUUGCUUAGCAGCGUGAAGAAGAAGAAGAAGAAGAAGCAAAUUCAAACUGUAGCUCUCAAAAUCAGGAUGGAUUGUGAAGGUUGUGCUCGUAAGGUCAAGAAGGUCCUCUCCGGCGUAAAGGGGGCAAAGUCUGUGGACGUGGACUUAAAACAACAAAAGGCCACCGUGACGGGUUACGUAGAGGCAAAGAAAGUACUGGCGGCGGCGCAGUCAACCAAGAAGAAGGUGGAGUUGUGGCCUUAUGUGCCUUACACUCUGGUGGCUAAUCCUUAUGUGGCUCAAGCUUACGACAAGAAAGCUCCUCCCAAUCAUGUCAGGAAGGUUCCGGCCACUGCCACCGUUACUGAGACCACCAUUGACGACCGGUACACCAACUUGUUCAGUGAUGAUAACCCUAAUGCUUGCUCCAUCAUGUAAAACACUAAUAAUAAUAAGUGGUAAUAACAGGAUUGUAAAGUUUUACUUGCAACACGCCAUUAAAAUUUUCUUGGAGAUUUUGUGCUACGUUGUGAGCAAAUGAGGGGAACUGUAUGAGUAGCUUGGGGACAAUUAUUGAUUUGAUGUGUAUUAGCAUCGUCUCUAUAGUUGUCCUUUUGUUUUUUUCCUCUGCCAAAUAUAAUUAUAUUAAUAAAAAAAGGUUAGUAAAACAA